GAGGACGUCAUGCUGGAGAACUAUGGGAGCGUAGCCUCUUUGGCAGCAGACAUAGAGGAGACAGCUGGGGGAUUUCAGCAGUUCUCUGUGGAAAAAUCCAAGGAUGAAAACUCCAAAGGAAACUUCGGGAAUGGAGAUGGACCACAGAGACAGGAGAGAAGCCAUGCAGACAACAGAAGGGAUAAGCCCAUUCUGUCCCAUGGGGGAGACUUCCGUGAAAUCCCAGUCAAAGAAGAAACAUCAAGCAAAAGAAGAAGGCACAAAGACCUCCAUUCUAACCAGAGAAUCCACUCCAGGGAAAAUGAAAAUGAAAGUUUUGCAUUUGGAAAGACCUUCUGUGAGAACAUCAGUCUUAUUUCCAAGGAACAAAUUCUCUCAACAGAGGAACCAUAUGAUUGCAUGAAGGGUGGAAGGACCUUCAGCCGGGAAUCAGCUCUUGCUUCACAUCAAAGAAUUCUCUCAGCAGGGGACAAGCAGUGGAAAGAGGGGAGUGCGGAACUGCAUCAGCUAUUGCCAGCAAAAGGGAAGGAUGAAGAUUGGGAAGGCAGCAUUAGGAAUCAAGGCAGACCAAAGCGGCAGAAAGAAAGUCACAUAGUCGAGAUGAGAAAUAAACCCAUUCUUCGCCAAGGACAGAAUUUCUGUGAAUUGAGCCACAUGGUGGAGGAAGCAUAUAAGUGCUUGGAGUGUGGAACAACAUUCAAAGAUCAAAACCAAUAUGAGAUCCAUUUUCAAAUACACAGUGGAAAGAAAAGCCAUCAAUGCUUGGAUUGCAGAAAGACUUUCCUUUGCAGAGAAGAUCUCCUUAGGCAUAAGAGAACACAUAAAAGAGAGAAACAUUAUAGCUUCUCAGACUGUGGCAAGGACUUCUCACAAAAAUUAGAAGUUUUUCAACGCCAAAUAACACAUUCAGGAGAGAAACCAUUAAUUUGCUUGGAGAGGGGAAGGACCUCUGGUAGAAGAGAGAGUAAUGUAAAUCUUCCAAAGCAUGGUAUAAUGAGUGCACUUGAAUGCUUUCAGUGCAGGAAGUUCUUCAGCUAUAGAUCUCAGCUGCUUGCGCACGAAAGAACUCACACAGGAGAAAAAUGUUUUGAAUGCUCAGACUGUGGAAAAAGGUUCAAUCAGCGUGUCAAUCUUCAAAGGCAUCAAAGAACUCACACAAAGGAGAAACCUUUUGAAUGCUCAGACUGUGGAAAGAGAUUCAGUCAGAGUGGCAAUCUUCAACUGCAUCAAAGAACUCACACAGGAGAGAGACCAUUUGAAUGCUUUGAGUGUGGAAAGAGAUUCAGUUGCAGUGGCACACUUCUAAAGCAUCAAAGAAUUCACACAAAGGAAAGACCUUUUGCAUGCUCAGACUGUGAAAAAAGGUUCAGUCAUCAUGGCAAUCUUCUAAGGCAUCAAAGAACUCACACAAAGGAGAGACCUUUUGAGUGUUCAGAGUGUGGAAAGGAAUUCAGUCAGAGUGGUCAUCUUAAAGAGCACCAAAGAACUCACACAAAGGAGAGACCUUUUGAAUGCUCAGAAUGUGGAAAUAGAUUCAGUCAUCGUUACACACUUAAAAAGCAUAAAAUAACUCACACGAAGGAGAAACCUUUUGAAUGUUCAGAGUGUGGAAAGAGAUUCAGUCAGAGCAGUCAUCUUAAAGAGCACCAAAAAACUCACACAAAGGAGAGACCUUUUGAAUGCUCAGAAUGUGGAAAGAGAUUCCGUAAAAAUAGUACACUUCAACAUCAUCAAAAAUCUCACACGAAGGAGAGACCUUUUGCAUGCUCAGAGUGUGGAAAGACAUUCAGUCAAAAUAUCACUCUUCAACAGCAUCAAAGAACUCACACAAAGGAGAGGCCUUUUGAAUGCUCAGAGUGUGGAAAGAGAUUCAUUUGGAGUAGCCGUCUUCAAAAGCAUCAAAGAACUCACACAAAGGAGAGACCUUUUAAAUGCUCAGAGUGUGGAAAGACAUUCAGUCAAAAUAUCACUCUUCAACAGCAUCAAAGAACACACACAAAGGAGAGACCUUUUGAAUGCUCAGAGUGUGGAAAGAGAUUCAUUUGGAGUAGCCGUCUUCAAAGGCAUCAAAGAACUCACACAAAGGAGAGACUUAAAUGCUCAGAGUGUGGAAAGACAUUCAGUCAAAAUAUCACUCUUCAACAGCAUCAAAGAACUCACACAAAGGAGAGACCUUUUGAAUGCUUAGAGUGUGGAAAGAGAUUCAGUUGUAGUGGAACAGUUCAAAGACAUCAAAGAACUCACACCAAAAGUGUCCUUUUGAAUGCUCAAAGUAUGGAAGGACAUACUGUCUGAAUUCUACUCUUCAACAGCAUCAAAGACUCCAGACAAGGACAUUUUUUGAAUGCUCAGAGCAUGGAAGGAGAUUCAGAGUCACUAUCAUCAAUGGCAUCAAUGAGCUGACACAAGGGAUUGUCGAAGGCUUUCAAGGCCGGAUUCAACUGGUUGUGAAAGGGAAGCCAGAGAGGCAGAAGUCCUAGAGAGGCCGGCAAGGGAGCUGGCGUGGAGUCUGCAGAGGAAAAAGCUGCCUUUGUGGUUUCGGCUCCAGGAGCUCCUCGUCUGCGUUGGCAAGUGAGUCCGUGUGUGUGUGUGUGUGAGUGUGUGUGAGAGAGAUCCUGCUCCAGAAGAGCUGCCCCACUGGAAAGCGGGGGGGUGGGUGCUCCCUCCCUUGGCGCCCCUCUUUCCCCCCUCCUCCCUCUCUACACAGGGCUGGUGGGGGAUGAGAUGCAGCCCUUUCUCUGCAUUGUGGAGGGGCCAGAGAAGGGGACUGAAAUGUGGGGGCUUGAUCUACUAGGCAAGCCCCAAAGAAACGGGGAGCAAAGAAUGUAAAAAGGAGCCCCCUCCCCCCAAGUUCACCCCCACUUUUUGUGCCAGAAUAAAGAGCCUCUUUGUGCCAAAGAAGCCCCCCCCCCAAAAGAAGCCCCCCCCCCAAAGAAGAGUCAGGGACAUAAUUAGGAAAUGGAUGUCCCAGCCAGUGUAGACUGUUGAGGGGGGCAAUGGGUCAAGGCUGAGGAGGGGCAGGAGAUUUGGGGGAGGCACCCCCCCCCUUUGGCCCCCUCUGCUCCUUGGCAGCCUGGGCCCAGCAGGGCUUUCCGUCCUCCCACAUCAGGAUCCCAAACAGUGCAACCAUCUCCUUUGCUCUUUGGGAAACAAUCCUCUAUCCUCCUCCUCCCUUUUGAAGUCCUGGUUCUCUAAGUUGGAGGCUACUUUUCUGCUCCCCUGGGUGUGUGGAGGGGAAGGGUGGGGGCUCCAGACUCCCCAAGAUUAUGAACCAGAAGUUGUAGGAUCCCUUCAGGGUCAGCAGUGCUGGGUGCUGGAUGGAAGAAAAGGGUAAAGGCCCCCAUCUCCCAUACCCAGGAGACAUCAGUCCCUGACUUCAUUCUUACAGAUAAAGACAGCGGGCACAGCCUUUCUCCUUGCAGUGCUACCUUUCUAUGUGUGAGGAGGUUUCCAUGAUACAAGAAAACCUUAUUAGUUGCAAAGUUCUGGACUGGAAUCUCCCAUUUGCCCCCUCGAGCCAGACUGUUCAGUUUUUAGCUCUUAAGUUGUGGUUAUGGACAUGAUAUGUAAUCUGAUAGUAAACCUGGAGUGAUCCAAUGAAAAAAUAGGAAGGAUCCAUACUUUUUAACUUUUCCAAGGAACCGAACAGGCAUAUCUAAAACACCGUGGUAUCUAAUUUAGACAGCUGACAUUACGAACCACAAGAGUCAGAUUUGUUCUAAUUCUCUUUUGUUCUCCUUUUGACAUGUUGCUGUCUGUCUCCAUGUGCCCCUCACCUCCCACCCAGGGAAAAGCCUCUCUUCAUAACCAAUGAGUAAAGGCAUAUUUUCAGUGUUGAAGGCGACCUAAUUGGAAGGGAAGGAGAUGGAAGAGCAGCACCCAGAAGGACCAGGGCCUGGCAAGUCAGCAAGGAAAGACCCCCAGCCCAUCCAUGCUGGGAGUGGUGUUGCAUCCUGGGGGAGAGCUGUGCCAGAGAUCUGGGAUCAGGAGCCCCUGAACCCAGAAGUACUUUGCCAACGCUUCUGGCAGUUCCGCUACUGUGAGGACGACGGGGCUCGUGAGGUUUGCAGCCAUCUCCAUGGACUUUGCAACCGCUGGCUGAGGCCGGAGAGGCAUUCCAAGAAGCAGAUCCUGGACCGGGUGAUCCUGGAGCAGUUCCUGACCCUCCUGCCCCAGGAAAUGCAGAGC